AGGCGUCCCCUCACAGAAGAGGGCAGUUUGCACUCUGGCCUCGUUGCCCGGUUGGGAGUGUUUUUUUUUUUUUUUUUUUUUUUUUGUGAGCGCUUUUUUUAUUUCAGGCUCCGUGCUGUCGGGGCUUGUUACUCGAUCUCUGGCUAACUGCUUUCUGCCCCUUCAGUUGCCAUUCCCGCCCAAGGUCGCCCCUCUGCCCUCGACCCUGGCCCGGGAGGGUGGGAAGCUUCGUCCCGCUCCCUGCCCACCCGCGUCUCCGCAGCUGUAGCCGCACCUGCCUAACUAUGAAUGGGGUCAACGACCCACCUCUUUUUAUAAAAGAUAUUAAGCCCGGACUGAAAAACUUAAAUGUCGUCUUUAUUGUCCUGGAGAUAGGACGCGUGACCAAAACCAAAGACGGCCAUGAAGUGAGAUCAUGCAAAGUAGCAGAUAAAACGGGCAGCAUCACUAUUUCCGUGUGGGAUGAAAUCGGAGGUCUUAUACAGCCAGGGGAUAUUAUACGAUUGACCAGAGGCUAUGCAUCCAUGUGGAAAGGAUGUCUGACACUUUAUACUGGAAGGGGUGGAGAACUUCAAAAAAUUGGAGAAUUUUGUAUGGUUUAUUCAGAAGUGCCAAAUUUCAGUGAACCCAACCCAGAUUAUCGAGGCCAACAGAACAAAGGGGCUCACAAUGAACAGAAGAAUAAUUCCAUGAAUGGUAAUAUGGGUACAGGUACAUUUGGAUCAGUGGGAAACGGGUUUGAAACUGGCCCAGAAUCAAGGGGAUGCCAAGUUUCAUAUGCUGGUAGAAGCAAUGGUCGGGGACCUAUAAAUCCACCAAGAACAGCUAAUAAUCAAACAGUCAUGACCACAAUAAGUAAUGGCAGGGACCCUCGGAGAGCAUUUAAGAGAUAACCUAUGCCAAAUACUCAUGUAGUUUUUAAACUAUAUUCCCUACUUGAACACUUACUGCACUUUUAUUUAUUGUUAACUGUGAAAACUGUUCUUUAUCGGUUUCGUUCCAUGUUUUUGGUUUGUUAACAAGAGUGGUUUGUUUUGAUAGCAAAACUGUACGGCUGUUCAAGUCUCCUAUUGAAGAAUGGGAACACUCUGAAAAGUAGGGGCAUUUAUUUUUAGAGCAAAAAACUUUGAAUAUUCUCUAAAAAAACCUGCACCCAUUGGUGCAGUUACAUAAGAUACCAACAUUAUAGCCUCUGUGAGUCUAUCUUCUGUGUAAAUUUUGUAAUAUUUAAAAUAAGGCUUACUGGGAGAUGUUCUUUUUCCUUAAAUUCGUGUAUUGCCAACUAAAGCAAUAACCACCAAAAAAUACCCCAAAUUCAGUCAAUGCUAGCAGAAGUUUCUGAGUGUUUGUGAAUCCAGGAAUGAUUGACUGCUUCAUUGAAUGCCUGCCAUUAAGAUUUUUCCAAGGAGUGAAUCAUCCUAAACUUGUUCGAUUACCAAAAAACACAUUCUUUAUCAGAAUUAUGGAAUAGAAUAUGAUCUGUAUUAUAACAAGUAAUUUUUAUAAGAAAGCUACUUUUAUUUUAGGAUAUUCCUAUUAAUACUUAUCAAAAACUGAGGCCUUGAAUAUUUAUUUUUUGAAGUACUAUGUCAAAUGUUAAAGUAUAAUUUGAAGGAGUUACAAAGUCAUAAUAAAUACUGAUCUAAUUUAAAAAUUGUGGUAAAUAACACAUUAUAGUUAAGGCAGUUCAAAUUGAGUUCAUGUAGAAAUACGCAGUCUUUUUUACAGAGUCCCAAUUCAUGUAGAAAUACACCAUCUUUUUUAAGUUAUAGGGUCCUAGGUACUUGGAGAAACUCAGCCUGGAGUAAAAAUCUGAGGUACUUUAUUUAAAGGAAGGUGCAUGUAUGUGUGUGUGUGUGUGUGUGUGUGUGUGUUUCAAGUUUCUGAACACAGUCACAAAGCCUUAUCAGUAGAAGUUAAGAAAUGGCUCUCUUAAAAAAGCAAAUACAGCUUUAUUCAGAAAUGUACCAGUAGAAUUUAUUUGUGUUGUAAAUGGUCCCCAGUUCCACUUUUUACUUUAGGUGGAUCACUGGUAAAUUUUUCCUUUGUUAAUUCAACUUUUCUUUAAUAUUAUCUCUUGAAUAAAACUUGCAUUAAUGUUAAAAGACCUACCUUAGUUUUCUUCUUUUAGUGAUGUCUAAGGAGAGCCAGGAUGUACAUUUUAUGGUAGUUUCAUUUUGGCUUCAGCAUGGCAACUACUUAGCUCUGUAUUUGCCGCUUUGUCUUUUUUUCCUCCCACAUCAAAUCUCAAAGUAAUUUAGGUAGACUUUGCUUUCUGACCUUAGCGUUUAAAUAUAAAAACUUGUGCCAGAUUAUUUGUCUAAUUCAGCAUAUCUAAUUAAUAUUUCAGUACCCACUACAUUAGGUACCAUGUAAAGAGUGUUAGUGGUAGAUGAAAUAAUGGAUAUUCUUGAGUUUGUUUAUGAUCUAUAUAGUACUUCAGUAAUAGGGAGUUAUAUAUUACUGAGAAAAGUUUUCCCUUUCUUCAUAUACUGAUGAUUAUAGUUAAUUAGGCUUUGUGACUAAGAUGUUCACAAAAUUACAGAUGUUUAAAGAAAAAAAGGUACAAAUUAGUGUGUAAUUUUUUAUUUUAAAUCUACGAGGUAGGAACAAUAUAAGAUAUUUGUAGGAGAAUAUAGUGUUAAAGGUGAUUUUAAAAGAAAGAAUUUUGGAGUUUGGAAAAUUGAAAUAAUCAGGUAAGGAUUGCUGAGCUCCCAAUCUUGGCCGCGUUAUCUCGUUACCUGUGAUGUUGGACCUGCUAUUACACCUGAAACCUCUGUAAGCCUUAGUUUCCACAGCUAUAAAAACAAGUAAGUAACACAUACCCCUUUGUAAAGUUAUUUAAGGUUUUCGAUGGGAGUGGUUAGAAUGAUUUCUGGCACGUGAUCAGUCCCAUUGUUGUCUAAUCAUACCUCAAGAGAAAAAAAAACUCAAGGUUAGGAAGUAUAGAUACGUCUUACCAUGUUGAGAUUAAAGAGAGACCUAAGCUUUUACUUUUGUAACUGAUAUUUGCCUCAAUAAUUUAACCUUGUUCUGUGUUCUUUUUUAUUAACCAAUUUCUUUUUUCUUAAGGGAAGCCUCCAAAACCAAAGCAAAGUGAGUUACAAUCCAUAGUCAACAUUUGCCUUACCAGUCUGCUCGGACAGCACUCAUCAAGAAGUUAACAGGAAGGAAGAUUCCUACCUUUUUCCGUCACGGUGCUUCCAGCUGUCAACUUUUAAAUAAGUUUAAACACCUACCUGAAACAAAAAGCAUCUAGGUUAAAAAUACACACUCCU